AUGGCGGCGAGCAAGCGUUCCGUGUUGCAGUUCUUUUCUACGCAGAGCUUAUCCGGGAAGGUUCAUCCUCUCGUCAUCUUCAACAUCUGUGAUUGCUAUGUCCGUCGUCCUGACCAAGCGGAGCGCGUCAUCGGAACGCUACUCGGCUCCGUUCUCCCCGACGGAACCGUCGAUAUCCGAAAUUCAUACGCUGUUCCUCACAACGAGUCCGUUGACCAGGUUGCUUUAGAUAUUGAGUACCACCAUAACAUGUUGUUAUCCCAUCAAAAAGUGAAUCCCAAGGAAGUUAUAGUUGGAUGGUACUCAACUGGUCUUGGAGUAACUGGGGGCAGUGCAUUAAUCCAUGAGUUUUAUUCUCGAGAAGUUUCCAACCCUAUACAUUUGACAGUUGAUACAGGAUUUGCAGAUGGAGAGGGCUCCAUAAAAGCAUAUGUUUCGAACAGUUUAUCUCUUGGAGACCAGCAAAUUGCUGCACAGUUUCAAGAAAUCCCUUUGGAUCUUCGUAUGGUUGAAGCUGAGCGCAUUGGAUUUGAUAAUCUGAAGGCAACUGCUGUUAACAAAAUCCCAUCUGAUUUAGAAGGGAUGGAAGCUUCAAUGACACAUCUAUUAGCCUUGAUUGAUGACACCUACAAAUACGUUGAUGAUGUUGUGGAAGGGCGUGUUGUCCCAGACAACAAAAUUGGGAAAUGUAUUUCCGAUGUUGUAGGUUCCCUUCCCAAAAUUCCCUCCUCGACUUUUGAUAAGCUUGUGAAUGACAGCUUGCAGGAUCACUUGCUCAUGCUAUAUUUAUCUAGUAUCACAAGGACACAGCUCAGCCUGGCCGAAAAGUUGAACACGGCUGCUCAGAUUCUCUGA